AUGAAACAUUUUCUCGAAGUAUAUAAUUCCUCAACACAUUCUACAACAGGACAUACACCAAAUUCAAUGACACAACAACAAGAAGAAAAGUAUAUACAAAAGAAACGAAGCCAAACACAAAAUAUCAGAAAUUCAACACAAUUUACCCUCAUUCCUGGUACAAAAGUUCGUGUAGUUCUUGACGACAAACCGUUGACAAAGAAACGUUUAAGGUUAAGUAGAAACUAUUAUAUCGUAGACUCUACGCAAGGUAAUGGAUAUCUUAUAAAAGCUGCUGACGACUCUAUUGCGUUUUACCCUCGUCACAAAUUAGUCGAAAGUAGUAAUGGCAAACUUGCUGAAACCAUUGACGAAGCAAAGCGAGGAGUGGUUAUUGAAAUACUUGGCUACAACAUAAACGAUGACACUUAUAAAGUAAGAUAUGAAGGAGGCGUUGAAGAUGUUAUACCAUCUAAGAACUUGAGAGAGUCAAAGCCAACACAUCUGGGGCCAUUAGAGCGGGAGUACUGGAAAGACAAAAAUAAGCCAGAAAGAAUGAGAAAAUUCUUCUAA